AUACUUGAAAAACAGAAACGAAAUUGAGGAAAUGCCUCCCAARAACGAUUUUGUUGUCCUGUUGUUUGGGAUAGUGGCUUUGUCCAUCUUGAGCGACAACCAUGGAGUGUAUUCUGCAUUCAUUCAAGGCGGAGUUCAACGAGACUUCGGCGACUGGUAUAACAACUAUAAGCCUUACUAUGAAACAGAAGAAUACAGCAAACAAACUGAGGAAGAGUUAGAAAACAACCCUUUGCAGCCCGGAGGUUAUAACUAUGAGCAGAACGACGGCCCUCGARGUGGAAGAAGCCUAGAAGAAUUAAAUGGCCGAGGAAUGUCUGAUGGUCCAAGAGGAGGAAGAUCAUUUGACUUCAAAGGACCUCGAGGGGGUCGAUCAGCUGAAGGACCACGUGGAGGUAGGUCCACUGAAUAUGGGCCUCGUGGUGGAAGGUCGGCAUUAUAUGGCCCCCGUGGUGGAAGAUCGAUGGAAUAUGGUCCCCGUGGUGGAAGAUCGAUGGAAUAUGGUCCCCGUGGUGGAAGAUCGACGGAAUAUGGUCCCCGUGGCGGAAGGUCCUUAGAGUAUGGUCCCCGUGGUGGUAGAUCAUUAGUAAGUGGUCCCCGUGGCGGCAGGUCUCUAAUGUCUGGUCCUCGCGGUGGUCGGUCUUUGGUUUAUGGUCCUCGUGGUGGAAGGUCAAUCGUAAACGAUUUAAAUAAGAAUACACAUAAAAUCAAGAAAGAUAUAUAUGCUGGACCUCGUGGUGGUCGCAGUGUAACUAAAUCUGGACCUCGAGGAGGACGGAGUAUCUCAAGGAUGAGGCGAAGUAUAGAAGAAAAUGGUUCACGAGGAGGGCACGAAAAUGAAGGACCACGAGGAGGACGAAGCAUGGACGUUGAUGGCCCAAGAGGUGGCCGCAGUAUGUACGAUGGGCCCAGAGGUGGGCGUAGUAUGGAAGAUGGACCCAGAGGUGGGCGAAGUAUGGAAGAUGGACCAAGAGGUGGGCGGAGCAUGGAAGACGAUGGACCUCGUGGAGGACGCAGCAUUUUCGAUGGACCCAGAGGUGGGCGCAGUAUGGAAGAUGGACCGAGAGGUGGGCGCAGUAUGGAAGAUGGACCGAGAGGUGGGCGCAGUAUGGAAGAUGGACCACGUGGAGGACGCAGCAUGUACGAUGGACCCAGAGGUGGGCGCAGUAUGGAAGGACCAAGAGGCGGCCGCAGCAUGUCUGAUGGACCAAGAGGAGGGCGCAGUAUGGAAGGACCAAGAGGCGGCCGCAGCUUGGAAGAGGAUGGACCACGAGGUGGCCGUAGCAUGGAAGAUGGGCCGAGAGGAGGGAGAGAAAUAUUGGAAAAUGAAGAAACCGUUGACACUGAAAAUGGUCCUAGGGGUGGAAGAGACGAAGCAGCAGAUACUGGCCCUCGAGGAGGAAGGGAUGUGACAGGGAGAGAAGGAGAACUCAUUAGAAAGAAGAGAGUUUCUGACAUAGACAUGGAAGCGUAUCAUACAAAGCUCAAGAAAAUGAGAUAAAUAUUAAACAUCUGGGCAAUAAUCACGAAUCAAAAGCAUUUUAAUGUUGACUUUGCUAUCAGGCAAGAACAGAAGAGAUCAAAACAGUUCAAAUUUCCAAAUAUUUAGUGCUUACCAUUUUUUAUUUAUUUAUUUUGUGUGUGUGUGUGUGUGUGUGUGUGUGUGUGUGUGUGUGUGUGUGUGUGUGUUAAAAUUGAUCGAGAGAAAGGAAGCUUAUGUUUGCUUAGGACUUCAGCAUUUGGGGAUGAAAGAAAUGUAAAAUGUAGAGAUUCAAAGAGCUUUAGUUGAUGUGAAUGGUGGUAGAGUGCUGCAUAAUGAAAGCGAUUUUUCACACCCAUCAUGAACUGUGGUUUCGAUGUCGAUUAUUACUAGUGAUAUUAUGCAAAUCUUGAUUCCUAAUGGAAAGGAAAAUAAAGGRAAAAUCACUUAAA